AUGGGUUCCCUCUAUGAGGUGCUUGGAAUUUCAACAGGUGCAAGUUGCCUUGAGAUAAAGACAGCUUACAGGAAGCUCGCAAGGACGUGCCACCCUGAUGUUGUGGCUAUGAAUCAGAAGGAAAGCUCAGAGAAGCAGUUCAUGAUGAUCCAUUUAGCUUAUUCAAAAUUGUCUGACCCAAACAAGCGUGCUCAAUAUGAUAGAGAGAUCUUUGCACACAGAAGUGUAGUUUCUGUGUCAGCAAGAAAUAAGACAUACUCACAUGCUGGAAGGAGAUGGGAAACGGACCAGUCAUUGAUUGUGAUAAUCAAUUGCUUCAAGGUGAUUUCUGAGACUGAAAUCCAACAGUGGUAUCAAGAGCUUGACGAUCCGGCGACCGGCGACGUGAGCCACCACCAGUGCACGGCGAUCUACGGCGGAGUGUGA